CGUUUAUCAUUUACUAGUAUGCCAUAUAAAACAAAUAUGGCUUGUCACGUUCCUUUAACCGCGCGAUUCGUUCAUCAUGAAUUCGCUGUCGUUUCUGCGUACAACGUUCGUUCCAAUAUACUGACCGGUUCGACACGCCGAUGCGCAUCGAGGAUAUACGAAUCAACGAUUUACUUUAAUUAAUUUCGAUCGAUCUAGUGAGACGAACGGUUCGCUUAUCGUUCAAUGGCCUUCGCGUCUUUCCUCAUUUUGCUUUGUGUUACGUUUGUUGUGAUUGACAUUGCGAUGUGAGUGGAAAGAGUUGAAGAGAAUGAUAGCAUUAUCAGUGGUGAAUUACAGUAUCUCUUAAAGAUUUAUUUGUCAAAUAAGUCUUGUAGUAUGUGUGUAUAUGUGAUUCUUCUCUACGACAUUUUUUUCACGUCUAACGGAAAGACUCCAUAUUGAAAAAUUUGAAAUCCUCCUGAUUCCAUAUAAACUUCACUUCAAUUUCUACAAAUUGGAUGGUUUUCUGUGAUAUCUGGGAACAAUACAAUGGGCAGUGCAAGGGUGUACAGAAGAGUGGAUUCCUUGGUACGAGCAGGGGUACCAGCGUUUCUUUUAGCCGCACCUUUAAGGGCAUACAUCUUGACCCACUCGAAAAUGGAAAAUGGCAAUCUACGAGCUCAUUAUACAAAGACCACGAUCAGAGCUGGAGAGAUUCUACGAUUAAUAGCGGUUUUCCAAGACACGCGAAAGUGUAGUACGGUUUCCUUCGGAAUUUCUGGCAGCUCUUCCGAAAAGGAUCAGUACGCACAAUGUUUGGAUCCACAUGGUCGUGAGGUAUUCGCUUCUUUGUCGGCAAGAGGGGAAUUCUAUGCUAUUUGCCAGAAUGGAAGUAUCGAUACCGGAAGCGAUGCAGUACUGUACAAAGUACAUCAUCUUGCUAAAAGACCGUUGCCUCUCAGGGUUCGCUUAAUAGCCGGUCCAUUACCUGUACCAUUGCCAAGGGAAUAUGGCGGCUUAAUGCAACUGGAAAGUUCAACUCGAGGUCCAAUUGUUUUAGGAUGCAUUGUACCGGAAAGACCUGUUCACAAUCCUGAAAUGCUUGAGUUGGUUGUGACCGGAAAUGGUGCACCAAGAGUGAGAAGAGCACGAUUAGGUUAUCCAUCAGAAGCUAGACUUCUGGCAUCACCGAAAAUGCAACGAUUAUUAUCUGCCUGCAGCCGGGCUGUCGGAGAUCGUGCAACGGAACCAAGAGUGGCACCUUUGAAACUGCAUCCAGUCGGUGAAAAUCUUAAGGAGAUGCAUUUAAAAAAAAUCAAACCGAAACCGGAAACGAAGCCAAUAUUGCAAAGUUUGAAAGAUGGAUUGGAACAAUUGAAGAAAAGCACCGUUCGAGAAAAGAGUCAAACCAGACAGAAUUGUCGAAACGGAUUUCUAGAUCGAAUUUCGAAAUUCGCUCAAGGCAAUCGUAGCAGGAACCCAGCGAAAAAAUCAGCUUCGUUCACGUUUGCAGUGAAACCGGAAAUUGCAAUGAGAUGUCAAGAGCGUUACUCCAGUUUAGAGCCAGAAACUACCUCUCAUCCGAAUCAUUCGAAUUCUUCUAAACAACCUGUACAAAGAUCGGCAUCCACCAGUGUUCUAGAAAUGCCAGCUAAUGUUGAAUUACAACCCAAUUAUUCUCGUGUUAGAGAUAGUCUUACACCAGUGCCAUCCCUUCCCAAGUUAACUAGGACUAAAGCUGAUGACAUUUAUGCGGAGAUUUGUGAGAACGCGGCUGCACAAGUCCAAAAAUGUCCCGGAAGUCAUGUUAUGGCUAGGAUCAAAAUCGUUGUAAAAGGUCGUGAUUCGACUACAGCUUUGCCAAGCAAAAUUAGUGACAAUAAUAGAUAUGCAAACUCGAUGGUAACGACUGAUCAAAUUGAUUCGAUUAUCAGCACGGAAGAUGAAGUUAUUUACAAUACGAUAUUUUGAAAAUGGAAAAUUAUUAUUAUUAUAAGUUAACCGGCUGUGUUUGAUGAUCGAGAACUCGUUGAUCGUUUUUUAUCAACGUAGAAUUAGAAAUUGAAUCUGUAUUAUAUUAUAUAAAAAGCACUAUGAAAUAAUAUGUAAUAUUUUAAAAGUUGUAAUAGUUGCAUGUACAUAUCUUUGCCAUAUAUACUAACAAUAAUAAUGAAAAUGAAUAAAGUUCUAAAAAUGAAAA